AUGAAUACUGAAGAGCAAACAGUACAAACUGAAAAACUCAGUAAAGAAGCUUACGCAUAUAAGUUUUGGCAAGAAUUUCAGGAAGAACGAACGGUUAUCCAAAAAUCACUGAAAGAAUUAUAUCUAAAACCGAAAUCAAAAAUUCCUUCAUUAUGUGAAGGAAUUUUACAACGUAUAAAUGAAUUGGAAAAGAAAGCCACAGAUGCAAUAAGAUUUCUACCAGCUUAUGAUCAACGACAAACAAAUUUGCAAGUUCGAGAUCUGAUCGAAGAUCUUAUAAAAGAAAUUUCUGAAAUUAAAACUUCAAAUAAUGAAAAACUUCAAACAAUCACUAUUAAUGAUCACCAAAAUACUUACAUUAAUAUUAAUUCUUAUUUGAACUCAUCAUCUUCAGAAAGCAAAGUUUUUGAUUUUCAAAUAUCAAAUUUAGAUCACUGUAUUGUGAAUCUUGUUAAUUCUACUGUUUCUAUAGGUGCAAUACAUAUUAAAGGAUUAAAGAAUACAAUAAUAAUGUCUGGACUUGUUGGAAGUUCAAUAUUAAUUUAUGACUGUGAGAGAUGUUCUUUUUUAGUUGGAUGUCAUCAGUUUCGAAUGCAUACAUCCAAACAAAUGAUAAUUUAUCUUCAUGUAACAAGUCAUCCAAUUAUUGAAGAUUGUCAUGAUAUUGAAUUUGCUCCAUACACAUUAACAAAUCCCGGAUUGAAUCAAAUGUUUGAGACAGCAAAUUUGGAUCAAGCAAACAAUAAAUAUGAUAAGGUUGAAGAUUUUAAUUGGUUAAGAAAACAAGCAUCACCAAAUUGGAGAGUUAUUCCGAUCGAGAGAUUACGUAAAGAUUGGUCUUUGCUUGAAGUUGAUGAUCCAAAUAAUAUAACAGAAGAAAGUAUCAAGAGUAUUUUGAACAAGAUUUUGUUCACACCAAACUAA